GAACUUGAAGCAUAUCUGAUGGCCGUCAAGAGUCGCAAUGGGUACCCGACCUAUAGCAAUUGCUCCCGCGCCGAACAAGACCCCGAUUGAGAAUGGGAACAGCGGCUUGGAACUCAUCAGUACAAUGCCCUACACCUGUCAACAGUGUGUGCGUAGAAAGGUCAAAUGUGACAAGACAUUCCCAUCAUGCUCGAGCUGUGGCAAAGGCGAGUUUGAGUGUGUCUAUCAGGCACCGAACCCUCCGCGACCGCGAAAACGAAAGCGGAAUGAGAACGUGCACGAGCGGUUGGUGCGGUAUGAGCGCAUCUUACAAGAGAAUGGCCUUCUCUCUAUGGCCGACGACAAACAACACCAGAACACGCAAGACCCAAUCGUCCCCGCGAGGAGGACCGGUGAGCUGCUCUCUGGUGACGGCAAAUCCCGGUAUAUCGGCAGCAGUCUCUGGCUCAAUACGGGACCGGUCAGCAUGCAUGAGAUAUCGGAGGAUGAACAUGAAGACCAGCCCAUUCCACCAGUGGGUACUAACAUGUUUGCAAUCGAUCCAAUAACCGGCGCUCUGCUUGGAGGUUCACAGACUCUCGUCCACCAUCAUCCUAGCCACAAAGACGCAAUGAAGCUUUGGGUGGCGCACAUUGAAAAUGUCGAGCCUCUUUGCAAAAUCCUGCAUAUCCCAACAACAGCGAAGAUGGUUGAGACAGUCUCUCAGAAACCUUCCCUGGCUUCAAAAGCAGACGAGUGCUUGCUAUUUGCCAUUUACCACUUUGCAGUCUUCUCCAUGUCGGAUGAGGAUUGUGUGCUUGAAUUUAGGCAAUCACGCAUCGAAUUAAUGUCCAAGUACCAACAUGCCUUUCGGCAAGCCCUAGUCAAUGCAUCGUGGCUUAAGACAACUGCAAUGCCCAUUAUCCAGGCGUACGUGCUCUUUCUCAUCUCGAUCCGCACGCAAAUUGAUCCUCACCUAUUUUGGAUCUUGACCGGUAUCGCGGUCCGCAUUAGCCAGCGCAUGGGACUCCAUCGCGAUGGAGAAGGUCUCAGAUUAUCCCCGUUCGAUGUGCAAAUGCGGCGGCGAUUGUUCUGGCAGCUCCUCCCUCUCGACGGAUACGCAGGCCAAGUCUCAGGCACUGGGAUUUCCAUCUCACCUAACAGCUGGGACACCAAACCGCCGCUCAAUAUCAAUGAUGCGCAGAUCUAUCCCGGCAUGACGCACCAGCCAGAAGAGCAAAAAGGUGCUUCUGAGAUGAUUUACUGUCUCACGAAGACAGACUUGUCCAAUUUGUACACGCGAACUGGGGUCGAAAUGAAGGGUGCUGACGGUACGAUUCAACUGAAGGCGAAUAAGGAACUUGAAACGCUCAUCGACGAGGUUGAAAGCACUAUUGAGACCAAGUAUCUCCGGUACUGUGAUAUCAUCAACCCGCUGCAUGUCCUGGUACUUGGGAGCGUGAGAUCAGCCAUCAAUGCUGUACGGCUACGCAUCCGAAUCUCCCCACUAAUGAAUCACACCAUCGGCGAUGCCGAAAGGAAACAGCUUUGUAUUCUAGCUCAGCAAAUCCUCGAUACGGACUGUACACUCUAUGGUAACUCUCAGCUAAGGAGGUUUCGAUGGAAAAUAAAGGCAUUGUUCCUUUGGGAUGCGCUAAUGUGUAUCCUGACUAGCCUGGCAAAGGUCGGGGUUUUCUCUCCCACAGAGAUCAAUAGUACCUGGAGGAAAAUGGCAGACGUCUGCCUGAACCAUCCUGAAAUCCUUGACGCCAAGACAGCGUUACAUGCUGCAGUUGGCAAGGUAACACUCAAAGCCUGGGCAGCCAAUCCACCAAGCGAUGCCACGCCUGAGCCGGAAUUUAUCACAAGAUUGCGCUCUCAACUUGAGGCAAAGACCACUGGCGCGCCGGAGAAGACUGAAAAUGUUGCACUUUGUAAAGAAGGUGGAAUAAGUAUAUCCUCACUUAAUGAUUCACUUUCUAGGAGUCCAGAUGAAACCGACUUCAAUUUGGCCAGUGAUUUCAGUCUUUUCUCUGCGGAUUGGUUGUUUGGGGAUCAACUUAUUGGCUUUUGAAAUUCUGGAUUUGGGUUGCCGAUUUACUUUCUUUGGUCAAUAACAUUUAUAUCAUUGACUUGUGUUUUCACUGUAGUAUAUCCAGUACAGACUUUCACUAGUUGAAACACUGCAAGAACUGAAUAGUGAUUUCUUACAGCGAAGCACCGUCACUAAGCGAGUGUUUUAUUCUAGCCACAUCUCAGUAUUCAAGGCUCUAGAAACAGCGGUACACAUGGAAAC